AUGCUAAAGUUCAUAACAUGUGCAAAUGUGCUAAAGCAUUGCUGCCAUUUUCUGUUGCUUUCCGUAAUUAUGAGAGUUAAGGCCGAAGCUCCAAUCAACUCAUACUUACCUCCCGCUCACGGUCAUGGUCACGGUGGAGAAGGUACGCAUCACGACGAUCACCAUACGGACCUAGUACCACCAUCGAGCAGCUAUGGAACCCCCGAUUCAAGCUAUGGUCCACCUCAUCAUCAGUCUGGCUUCCAUCCAGAUCAUCACGAGUACGAAGACCAUCACGAUCACCAUGAUAACCACGAUGAUAGUGGAUCCUUUGAAGAUGAACCAGCCAAGUAUGAAUUCAGCUAUGAAGUCGAUGACGAAGAUGCUGAUCUUUCUUUCGGUCAUGAAGAAAUGCGUGAUGGAGACUACACCACUGGAAAAUAUAACGUCUUGCUUCCUGAUGGGCGUCGACAGAUUGUAGAGUAUGAGGCCGACCACAAGGGAUAUAGACCAAAGAUUACCUACGAAGGAGGAGAUGAACAUCCGCAUCACCAUGAUCAUCCCCAUGAGCACGGACACGAGCACGGACAUGAUGGCUAUCCAAAGGAAACUCCGCACACUCAACUUGGUUACCCUAGGGAAUCGCAUCACGAUUUCGAGCAUAACGGUAUUGGGCACGGAUCGAAUGAAUACGACACGCAUGGGCAUGAUAAUGGACACAGCCGGGCAGAUCACGGGAUUCACGACGGUCAUCGAGGAUAUGAUAGUAAUGCUCACGAGAACCAUGGUAACGGGCAUGGUCAUGGACAUGGGCACGGACAUAACGGGCAUAACGGUCAUAACGAUCAUCAUCAUAACGGACAUAACGGUCAUCAUCGCAGAAGAAGCAGCAAUACUAACAACCACCAACAUUCUUCGAAUCACCAUAAUAGCAUUAAUCAUCGUCACAAUGGCUACCACUAG